CCGGGACCGCCCCCGCGCCCGGCCCGAGCCGGCAGCGAGCGCGGCGCCAUGGAGGCCACCGGGGUGCUGCCGUUCGUGCGCGGCGUGGACCUCAGCGGCAACGACUUCAAGGGUGGCUACUUCCCUGAGAACAUCAAGGCCAUGACCAGCCUGCGAUGGCUGAAGCUGAACCGCACAGGCCUCUGCUACCUGCCGGAGGAGCUGGCCGCCCUGCAGAAGCUGGAGCACUUGUCUGUGAGCCACAACAGCCUGACCACGCUUCAUGGGGAGCUGUCCAGCCUGCCAUCUCUGCGGGCCAUCGUGGCUCGAGCUAAUAGCCUGAAGAAUUCCGGAGUCCCUGAUAACAUCUUCAAGCUGGAUGACCUCUCAGUCCUGGACUUGAGCUACAACCAGCUGACGGAGUGCCCACGGGAGCUGGAGAAUGCCAAGAACAUGCUGGUGCUGAACCUCAGCCACAACAGCAUUGACACCAUCCCCAACCAGCUCUUCAUCAACCUCACCGACCUACUAUACCUGGACCUCAGCGAGAACCGCCUAGAGAGCUUGCCCCCACAGCUGCGCCGCCUGGUGCACCUGCAGACACUCGUGCUCAAUGGGAACCCUCUGCUGCAUGCACAGCUCCGGCAGCUCCCAGCUAUGACGGCUCUGCAGACCCUGCACCUGCGGAACACCCAGCGCACCCAGAGCAACCUCCCCACCAGCCUGGAGGGCCUGAGCAACCUUGCAGAUGUGGACCUGUCUUGCAACGACCUGACGCGGGUGCCUGAGUGCCUGUACACUCUCCCGAGCCUGCGCCGCCUCAACCUCAGCAGCAACCAGAUCACAGAGUUGUCCCUGUGCAUUGAUCAGUGGGUGCACGUGGAGACCUUGAACCUGUCCCGCAACCAGCUCACCUCGCUGCCUUCAGCCAUUUGCAAGCUAACCAAGCUGAAGAAGCUGUACCUGAACUCCAACAAGCUGGAUUUCGAUGGGCUGCCCUCGGGCAUUGGCAAGCUGACCAGCCUGGAGGAGUUCAUGGCUGCCAACAACAACCUGGAGCUGAUCCCUGAAAGUCUCUGCAGGUGCCCAAAGCUAAGGAAACUCGUCCUGAACAAGAACCGCCUGGUUACCCUCCCGGAGGCCAUCCACUUCCUGACGGAGAUUGAGGUCCUGGAUGUCCGAGAGAACCCCAGCCUGGUCAUGCCACCCAAGCCCGCUGACCGAACUGCCGAGUGGUACAACAUUGACUUCUCACUGCAGAACCAGCUGCGGCUGGCGGGAGCCUCCCCUGCCACAGUGGCUGCGGCAGCAGCUGCAGGGAGUGGGCCCAAAGACCCUCUGGCUCGCAAGAUGCGGCUACGGAGGCGGAAGGACUCAGCGCAGGAUGACCAGGCCAAGCAGGUGCUGAAGGGCAUGUCAGAUGUGGCUCAGGAAAAGAACAAAAAGCAGGAGGAAAGCAUAGACGCCCGGGCCCCCGUGGGGAAGGUGCGGCGCUGGGACCAGGGCCUGGAGAAACCACGCCUUGACUACUCUGAGUUCUUCACGGAAGACGUGGGCCAGCUGCCCGGCCUGACCAUUUGGCAGAUUGAGAACUUCAUGCCUGUGCUGGUGGAGGAAGCGUUCCAUGGCAAGUUCUAUGAGGCCGACUGCUACAUCGUGCUCAAGACCUUUCUAGACGACAGCGGCUCCCUGAGCUGGGAGAUCUACUAUUGGAUCGGUGGGGAGGCCACACUUGACAAGAAGGCUUGCUCUGCCAUCCACGCCGUCAACCUGCGCAACUACCUGGGUGCCGAGUGUCGCACUGUGCGAGAGGAGAUGGGUGAUGAGAGCCAGGAGUUCCUGCAGGUGUUUGACAACGACAUCUCCUACAUUGAGGGUGGCACAGCCAGUGGCUUCUACACUGUAGAGGAUACGCACUACGUCACCAGGAUGUACCGCGUGUAUGGGAAAAAGAACAUCAAGUUGGAGCCUGUGCCCCUCAAGGGGGCCUCCCUGGACCCAGGGUUUGUUUUCCUGCUGGACCGAGGACUGGAUAUCUAUGUGUGGCGAGGGGCCCAGGCCACGCUGAGUAGCACCACCAAAGCCAGGCUCUUUGCAGAGAAAAUUAAUAAGAACGAUCGCAAAGGGAAGGCGGAGAUCACGCUGCUGGUGCAGGGCCAGGAGCCCCCAGAGUUCUGGGAGGUGAUGGGUGGGGAGCCCUCUGAGAUCAAGAGGCACGUGCCUGAUGACUUCUGGCCACCCCAGCCCAAGCUGUACAAGGUGGGCCUGGGCCUGGGCUACCUGGAGCUGCCGCAGAUCAACUACAGGCUGUCCGUGGAACAUAAGAAGCGGCCCAAGGUGGAGCUGAUGCCAGGCAUGCGGCUGCUGCAGAGCCUGCUGGACACGCGGUGCGUGUACAUCCUAGACUGUUGGUCCGACGUGUUCAUCUGGCUCGGCCGCAAGUCUCCGCGCCUGGUGCGCGCCGCCGCGCUCAAGCUGGGCCAGGAGCUGUGCGGAAUGAUGCACCGGCCACGCCACGCCACGGUCAGCCGAUGCCUGGAAGGCACCGAGGCGCAGGUGUUCAAGGCCAAGUUCAAGAACUGGGACGACGUGUUGACGGUGGACUACACGCGCAACGCGGAGGCCGUGCUGCAGAGCCCGGGCCUGUCGGGGAAGGUGAAGCGCGACGCCGAGAAGAAAGACCAGAUGAAGGCGGACCUCACCGCGCUCUUCCUGCCGCGGCAGCCGCCCAUGGCGCUGGCCGAGGCGGAGCAGCUGAUGGAGGAAUGGAACGAGGACCUGGACGGUAUGGAGGGCUUCGUGCUGGAGGGCAAGAAGUUCGCGCGGCUGCCCGAGGAGGAGUUCGGCCACUUCUACACGCAGGACUGCUACGUCUUCCUCUGCAGGUACUGGGUACCCGUGGAGUACGAGGAGGAGGAGAAAAAGGAAGACAAGGAGAAGACCGGGGCCGAGGGUAAAGAAUGCGAGGAGGCAGCGGCCGAGGCGGAGGAGAAGCAGCCCGAGGAGGACUUCCAGUGCAUCGUGUACUUCUGGCAAGGCCGCGAGGCCUCCAACAUGGGCUGGCUCACCUUCACCUUCAGCCUGCAGAAGAAGUUCGAGAGCCUCUUCCCCGGCAAGCUGGAGGUGGUACGCAUGACGCAGCAGCAGGAGAACCCCAAGUUUCUGUCCCAUUUCAAGAGAAAGUUUAUCAUCCACCGAGGCAAGAGGAAGGUGGCCCAGGGCACCUUGCAACCGAGCCUCUACCAGAUUCGUACCAACGGCAGUGCCUUCUGCACCCGGUGCAUCCAGAUCAACACUGACUCCAGCCUCCUGAACUCUGAGUUCUGCUUCAUCCUCAAGGUUCCUUUUGAGAGUGAGGACAACCAAGGCAUUGUGUAUGCCUGGGUGGGCCGGGCAUCAGACCCUGAUGAAGCCAAGCUGGCAGAAGACAUCCUGAACACCAUGUUUGAUGCCUCCUACAGCAAGCAGGUCAUCAACGAAGGCGAGGAGCCGGAGAACUUCUUCUGGGUGGGCAUCGGAGCACAGAAGCCUUAUGACGAUGACGCCGAAUACAUGAAGCACACUCGGCUCUUCCGGUGCUCCAACGAAAAGGGCUACUUCGCAGUGACUGAGAAGUGCUGUGACUUUUGCCAAGAUGACCUGGCAGAUGAUGACAUCAUGUUGCUAGACAAUGGCCGAGAGGUCUACAUGUGGGUGGGAACCCAGACAAGCCAGGUGGAGAUCAAACUAAGUCUGAAGGCCUGCCAGGUGUACAUCCAGCACCUGCGAUCUAAAGAGCAUGAGCAGCCCCGCCGCCUGCGCCUGGUCCGCAAGGGCAAUGAGCAACAUGCCUUCACACGCUGCUUCCACGCCUGGGGUGCCUUCCGCAAGGCCCUGGCCUAGGGUAGCGCCCCUGUCGCGGCCCCAAGCCCCAAGUGAGGAAGAGGAAGGGGCCCUCUGUCCACCACCUGCAAGCAGAGAAUGUGUGCAGGAAACAGUCCCUGCUCCGGCCAACCUCAGUGCCACAGUCCCCAGCAGCACACAGCCCCAAGCAGCACCGAUGGGGGUGACCCUGAUGGGUACCCUCAGGGGGUCUGCAAAGUUGGACUCCCUCCACAGUGUGUGCACACGUGUGAAGCCCCCUCUCCUGCCAGGGAUAAAGCAGAUAUAGUUGCCCUUUAAGAGAUAUUAAAUGCUUUUAUUUUCAAUAUUAAAAA